GCAUCAUCCCUCUCUCUGUGUCAGUUUACUUCCCUGUGUGUGUUGUUAGGAAACAUGGCGACGGCAGUCGCUCCACACAUCUAUCGUCUUUUACUGUUAUAUUUCCUUCACAUAAGCCUUUCCCAGCAAGCAGCCUCACAGGAGUGUCACUGUACAAGCGGAUGUGACGUCAACUUCCGGUGCACUGACGGCUGUCUCCAGAGCUGGUCAGGCCCCACGUGUCAGAUCCGGAACAUAGCUCUGAACAAACCAACACAACAAAGCAGCACUAUCAAUGACUGUCAGUGGGCGAGUACAGCCGCCAGGAAAGACGUGUGUGGGAACAAGACUUCCUCCCUGGCUGUGGACGGUGUGACCAGCAGCAGCUACUGGUCAGGGACCUGCAUACACACCGCGACAGGCUGGACAUCCGCCUGGUGGACAGUGGACCUGGGAGAGACACACCUCAUCACCAAUCUGACAAUAUUCUUCUCAAAUAGACAACGAAUGACAGGUUUCUUGGUACGCGUAGACGAUCAUCCCUGCUAUCAACAGGACCAGUCCCACCUUCCCCGCUCCCCUGUCAGCAUCAGCUGUGACACCCCUACACGUGGACAACGUGUCACUGUUCAGCUGCCAACACUGGCCGACUCGAAAUACAUUCUCAAUCUCUGUGAAGUGGAAAUAUAUGAGUGUGCUGACGGGAGUUUCGGGCCUGGCUGUAGUUCCUGGUGUUUGUGUAAGAACACAUCUGAGGUGUGUGACAAAGACACUGGACACUGUGAGAGUGGCUGUGCUGACGGGCACACUGGGGCGGACUGUCAGGAACCUUGUUCCCCGGGACGCUAUGGCCAGGGAUGCAUGGAGACGUGUGGACAUUGUGAUGGAGGGGAUCAGAACUGUAACAAAGUAGAUGGGCGCUGUACACAUGUCUGCCAGGACAACUGGAGUGGAACAUUGUGUAAAGAGUGCAGUGACUACUGGUUUGGUGGCCGAUGUGACAGAGAGUGUAAAUGUAAGGAUCCUUCUGAAGCGUGUGACAAGAAGACAGGUCAGUGUGACUCUGGGUGUGAAGAUGGAUGGACAGGACUGGACUGUCAAACACCGUGUCAGGACGGGACCUACGGCUUCAACUGUACAUCCAGGUGUGGGAGAUGUCGGGGUGGAGUGCCAUGUGACAAGAUAGGAGGAGAGUGUGCCAAGUGUGAUCCAGGAUUUAUUCCCCCACUCUGUAAACAGUGCAAAGAUGGUCACUUCGGAGUCAACUGUACCCAGUCCUGUCGCUGCCUGAAUGUGACGGAGAUCUGUGACAAGACCACGGGGGAGUGCAGGAGCGGAUGUGAGGCAGGCAGAACAGGGAGGGGCUGUCAGCGAUUAUGCGAGUCCGGCAGUUACGGCCUGAGGUGUGAAGGGCGGUGUGGUCAGUGUGCAGGUGGUCACAAGAACUGCAGUCCCUACAACGGCUCCUGUCACCUUGGUUGUGAGGGCAACUGGAGAGGAAGGCGUUGUGGAGAGUGUAAGGACCGUUUCUAUGGGGCUCAGUGCAGCUAUAGAUGUGGACGGUGUCGUAGUAACGCCAUCUGCAGCAAAACGUCAGGCGACUGCCCGGAUGGAUGUGAACCAGGAUGGCAAGGGAUGACAUGUGACCAAGAAUGUGACGGAGACAGAUAUGGUGACGGGUGUUCUGAGACUUGUGGUCAGUGUGCAGGGAAGUGCAGCCCUGUUACCGGAACAUGUGAUCAGGAGGGUUGCAGUGAUGGGUGGAUGGGGCAGACAUGUGACGAAGAGUGCAGAGAUGGUCACUUCGGAGUCAACUGUACCCAGUCCUGUCUCUGCCUGAAUGUGACGGAGAUCUGUGACAAGACCACGGGGGAGUGCAGGAGCGGCUGUGAGGCAGGCAGAACAGGUAGGGGCUGUCAGCGAUGUAUCAGAAAUACUGACUCCAAACUUAUAAUUCCUGUGGUGGGAUCCUGUGUGGCAAUAAUAAUCAUCAUCAUCGCAGGAAAUGUUGCUGUAACAAUGUACAUCCUCAGGAGGCGUAGAGUCAGACAAGGGGAGACCACUGCGGAUGAUCUUGAAUGCGUCAAUCUUGGCAGACAAGAGGAAGGCGAGGACGUGGACUCAACACCCCAAAUUUACCAGAACACCACGACAUCGACGGGCAUAUACGAAGACCUCAGCCUCACACCAGACCACGUCUAUGAAGAACCGUUCGGUGCAUCUGAACACCCAGGGUUAAUGCAGGUGGAACGCCCGCACCAACCAUAACCUCAUGUACAUUGAUAUGAUACCUGUGCAGAAUAUGAAACCUUUGACUUUAUGAAACAUGUCAUGCCUAAAGUAAAAUUGCAAAGAUAGCAACAUCAGCACAAAACAAAGUAUGACUUGAAGUUAAAUGAUUCAUUUGCACAAGGCACAACCAAAGCCAGGCUGAAAUAAAUCCGAGGAUCCCUAUCCAUGCAUGCGAUUUUGGAGCUGUGUUCUGAUACCAUUGUCUUCUUAACGACUUGUCUUAACGAUAAUUUCACUUUGGUGAGCUUGAUCCCGAUUCAUUUUGGAAGUUUUAGGCACUGAUUUGCCUGGUGAAAACUCAAAUAUCCUCACGCUGCCUUGCCAAAGCUGGAUGAUUGCUGACUGUGAGAUAAUAUACAUGGUCAACAUUCAUCAAACACUUACAUGCAUAGAUAAUUACUUUUAUAGUUGUGUUCGCAAUUGUUUUGAAGCGAACAGCUUUCCUAGAUUGUUAAACCGUUUUCGUGGUCUAGUGGAUAGCACGUAAGCUCAGAGAGCUGAAGGUUAGAUGUUCGAUCCCCCGUCGCGUCAUACCAUAAGACAUUAAAAGACGGUACUUGUUGUUACACUGCCUGGCAUUCGGCAUUAAGGGAAUUCAACAAGGACUGGUCGGCUCGAAGUCAGUAUACUGUGUCAGAGUGAGGUAUUUAGGUUAAACUGCAUGGUAUCUCGGUGGGCUAGCACUAUUAUUAGUCUUAUGAUUAUGGAAAGGGUUUUGACGCAUAUAGUUAUAUACAUAAUAGGUAUAUGUUCAAAUGUUAUUACCUUGUUUUAACAAUGUCCCAUUAUAUUUCGUGGGGUUGACUGUUAAAUAUAACCGUUGAUCAAAAUGUAACCUCAUAUUGCCAACUUGAUGCUGUAAUUGUUACCAGGCAACAUCAAAAACAAGCUAUUUUCUUUCACCAUUGCACGCAGUUUGCAUGAUUCAUAACUGUAUCUAUGUAUAAUAUAUUAUUAUUAUCAAGCAUUUGCCUUAUGUUUCUCAAAGUUUUUUAUCAUGCCGUGUUCUCUUUUCGUGUAUAUGUUUUCGUCUACUCACUUUUCUGUCCGCUUCUUUCUUACCAUGAUUCAUUUGAAUUUUGUAAUUUCUCUGACCUUAAUUUUGUAUUUACGUUGCUGCUUAUGUUUUUAUAGUAUUUGAUAUGUUAUUGUUAUAUAAGGCUGUCUACUGCUAUGUCCUGUUGCAUAUUGUUUCGUUGAUGAUGAAUGACAUAUACUAAUUUGUGUAUUGUUGUCAUCUUGAUAACUGUAUAUGUCUACACAUAUCGUACACAAGACUUUCAUCGCUUAACUCCGUUAACAAUUUUGAUGCGUUUAUUAUUAAUGAUGCUGGUUGAUAGGCUUUUUAAACUUAAUGAUGUCUGGAUCAUUUUUGCCAACUUUUUAUUUAUGUUGCAUUUUCAUUUUACAGUUGCGCAUAUUACACAUACGGUGAUUGUGCUUUAAGAGAAGAGUAAAUGAAAGCUUGACAGCACCUGUUGAAAUAUCUAAUAUCAUGAUUUAUAUUUGCAAAAUAUUUUGUAAGUGAGUAGUUUUGAGUAAGGUCUCAUUGGAUAACCUGGAAAGUUAGCAUAUUGUGAAUUCUGUCAAAGUUUUUUCAGCAAGAUGGUGUUUACAGGAUUAUAGUUGUGUAAGGUAAACCCGAGUUAAACGUUUGCUUUUGAAAUAUGAAUCUUUAUUUUCCCUUGGCUUGUCUUAUCUUAGUGGCAUCUUGCAUCGCAGUCAUUUUAAACCAAUAAUUUCCUUAAACUGGGGCAUAUUUUACCAUUUGAGGCCUGACUUUGCAACUGCAUUUCGAAAUUCAUUGCCUAAUGUGUUAUAGUAAUGUAUAAUAUGUGACUACAAAACAUGUGCACCGCCCGCCCCCAUCUAUCGUGUCGUAUUAAAAAUUAACAUAUUUGAAAUAACAAUUUGGAACUAUUUUCUCAAUAAAAUGCGAGACAAUU